AUGGCUGUGAACACUGUCAUUGCUUUCGAUCUCUACGGCACCCUGCUAUCCACUGAGUCGAUUGCGAAAGAACUGGCCGCCCACUUUGGACAAGAAAAAGCGGCCAGUCUCGCGGGAUUGUGGAGACGGUAUCAAUUGGAGUAUACAUGGCGCCUGAACAGCAUGAACCAAUACCAGCCCUUCUCCGACAUCACCCGCAACUCCCUUGACCACGCUUUGGCAGACUUCGAUCUCUCCCUCGACGACAAGUCGACUAGCCAAUUGAUGAAAGCCUACGACUCUCUUUCCACGUUCCCAGACGUAUCCCCGGCCUUGAAAGCCCUUGCCGACGAAACCGGAAUAACGGCCGUCGUCUUCUCGAACGGCACCAACUCUAUGGUCACUAACUCUGUGCAAUCAUCUCCCGACCUGGGUCCUCAUGCAAGUGUCUUCAAGGAAAUCGUUACCGUAGAGCAGGUAAAGUGCUUCAAGCCGGAUCCGCGCGUGUAUCAUCAUCUUGCGGAGAAGAUGGGGAAGGGGAGGACGAAGGAGGAGAUGGGGCAGAUGUGGUUGGUGUCGGGGAACCCGUUUGAUGUUGUGGGUGCUAGGGCCGUGGGCAUGCAGGCUGCGUGGGUUGAUAGAGGAGGAGCUGGGUGGACGGAUGGGUUGGUGCGAGGCGAGACGGGCAGGCCAACGGCUGUUGUGAAGGGGUUGGGAGAGGUGGUGGAGGCGGUCAAGGAGUAUUGUAGGUCUGGGUAA